AAGACGCAUCAACAUCUUAUUCUAAUGAGAGAGACAACACCCACGAUCGUCAGUGCCUCGUGCGUCUGGAUCAGGUGGAGAAGGUUGAGUCUCCACCGCCAGUGCGUCUAGCCCCUAGCGCCAGCAACAGCGGCGUUGGUAGCAGCGGCAGUGCGAGUCUUUUCACCACCAGCGUCAAGCGUCGGCGCCUCGGUGAGGUUCGACUCCACGCGUGGCAAGUCCUCCAACAGGCUGUCCUCGAAGUGGUGCCCGUGUCAAUCAGUCAACUACCUCCUGGCACUCGCGUCUGUGCCGCUUGGAGUGACACUCUCGCCACCAAUCUUUAUCCUGGAGUUAUCUCUGAGUUAGGUCCAGAGAAGCCAUUGCCAGCGGAUAACUGCCUCUGCAUUGACUUCGAUGAUGGAGAUCACCGAGAGGUGCCUUUGCAUCACAUCCGCAUGCUUCCUGAUCACUUUGCCAACCUCACGGAGUUGGGUCGAGCUGCCGGUGCCUCUGUUUCCUGCACCGCAAACACAAACACCAUAGAGGCUCGUCGUGGUCAGACGUCUCCACAACCAUCGCCUGUCUCACCGAAAGGCAAGAAAAUGACCUCCGUCACACGACGAAGUUGUCCCAUCAAUGGAGCUACCUCUUCGCCCAAAGACCCCUCUUCAAUUGCUUGUGAUGAUUGGCUGAACGACUGGCCAACUGACGAGGAGAAAGUGAAGACCCCUUUGCGAGUUAUUUGGAAGCCUCAUGGACGUUUACGAAAGCGGUACAAUGGGAUGCCCUGCUACCGUUCGCUGAAGCGCAACAGGGACGGACUGGUGGUACGACUGGGUGACGUGGUGAAAUUCAACUCAGGUGGAAGCGAUCAGGCCUACUUGGGUGAGAUCAAAUCCAUCUGCGCACCACGACAUAACGAGCUCUCACCGCUUGUCUGCGCUUCCUGGUUCUACUGUCCAGAAGAGGCAGGAGAAGAUGGUAAACGCGUUGCCAACUAUGAGGGCGCCGUGUUUGUAACCGACCACAUGGAUGACAAUGAGGCUACCUGUAUCAUUAACCGUGUUCAAAUAGCUCGCAACUACGCUGAGUAUCGGCUGUCCAGGCAAAAGAAAGUCGCUGAGUUAGCUAAGGAAACUAAUAAGCAGGCGCCUCCAUGCGAGGAUGAACUCGCCUCUACUCCGCAUGAUAGCGAAGGCGACUCGAGCUCCGAUGAAGAAUUGCCAACCUACUUCAUAGCCGGCAAAUUCGACCCUCUUACGGGUCAUGUUCUCGCCUGGGAUCCGGACCUCUCAAAUGAGCUGCAUUUACGAGUGACGUCGCCCUCCCCACCGUCACAGCGACCGUCAACACCACCACCGCCACCUCAACCACCAACAGCACCUCGCCUACACUGA